AGAAAAAAGAAAAAAACCAUGUUUUCUGAACGCAAGAGCAACACGUCAACAGGAAACAGAACCGAAAAGGCGAAUAUGCCCAGCCUUACUCUGUGUUCCGAUUCUCGAGGUCAUUAAACAAAAACUCUCAAAAAUCAACGGCGGCAAGCCACGCCAAUCGCUUCCCAAAAUUCAUGAUCCAACGGUCUAUAUUCCUUCACCUUAACAAAAUCUUAGGGUUAGCUCCUUCGUGCUCUACCAUUUCUCUCCCUCUCACCAACUAAAAGCCAAAAGCACACGAACACAAUAACUUUCUCUCAUUUUCCUCUCAAUUUUCUCGGAAAAAAAGAAGAAGAGAAAUUACCAUGGGGAAAGGUCCAGGUCUCUACUCCGACAUCGGCAAGAAAGCCAGAGAUCUUCUUUACAAGGAUUACCAGAGCGACCACAAGUUCACCGUCACUACUUACACUUCCAGUGGAAUCGCAAUCACUUCAACUGGAAUUAAGAAAGGUGAGCUGUUUUUGGCCGAUGUGAGCACUCAGUUGAAGAACAAGAACAUCACAACUGAUGUCAAAGUGGACACCAACUCCAACCUUCUCACAACCAUUACUGUUGAUGAAGCUGCACCUGGACUCAAGGCAAUCUUUAGCUUUAUUGUUCCUGAUCAGAGAUCUGGCAAGUUGGAGCUCCAAUACCAGCAUGAGUAUGCUGGAAUUAGCACCAGUAUUGGAUUGACUGCAAAGCCUGGUAUCAACUUCUCAGGUGUGGUUGGAAACAAUUCUCUUUCUGUUGGAACGGAUCUUUCAUAUGAUACUACCUCUGGGAACUUCACCAAGUUCAAUGCAGGGUUGAAUUUCACACAUUCUGACCUCAUUGCUUCCCUGACAUUGAAUGAUAAAGCUGACACUCUUACUGCUGCAUACUACCAUUCCGUGAGCCCACUGACCAACACUGCUGUUGGUGCGGAGCUCUCCCAUAGCUUCUCAAGCAAUGAAAACACCCUCACCAUUGGCACACAACAUGCACUUGACCCAUUGACCACUGUGAAGGCUCGUGUGAACAAUUAUGGGAGGGCAAGUGCUCUAAUUCAGCAUGAGUGGCGUCCGAAAUCUCUAUUCACCAUCUCGGGUGAGGUUGACACUAGAGCAAUUGAAAAGAGUGCAAAGAUUGGUCUAGCCUUGGCACUCAAGCCUUAGAGUAAUCAACAAUGUGCUACUGCUGGGAAGUUGGUUGUGUUUUUGCAUGGUGGAGGGCAAUAAGGUAGGUAGAAUUGCACAAUGUCUUCUCGAAUGAACUUCUGUUGAUGUGCUAUUGGUUUCUUCAUAUCUUGGUGGUCAUGGGUUGUAUAAAAUAAUGGGCACAGACCAUUGUCAAAUUCCUUUUUCGAUUUUCGAUAAUCCCAUUGUUAAUGGAGGGCAUAUUUCAUUUUAGCCAAAAAAAAAAAAAAAAAAUAUUAUGGAAUUUUGAUUACUUACUGGUGGUUUUUUCUUGGACUGAAGUAUUUGUGCUCAAAAUCAAAUAUCUGUAGUUUUAUUUUC